AUGAAUUGUAAUAAUUUAUAUGAUGAUAACACUUUGAUCAAGAAUAUAAACCAUGAAAGUAAUCAUUUAUUGAAAUUAGAUGAUAAUCUACCUCUUGAAGAAGCAACAGUUCAAUUCAAUGAUGAAAAUAAUGAUAAUAAUAAUAAUAGAGAUUUUCAUGUUGAUAAUAAAUAUCAUUUAGAUUCAUAUAGGACUUCAUUCAAUAUACCCGAAAUAUAUCAUUCUAAAUGUAACCCUUUAUGGUCAGAUAUAUGUUGUACAGAGAAUUAUCAUCUUGAAUUAUGUCAGAAUUGUUCCAUUUGGAAACAAACAUCAUCAUCAUUAUCCCCAUCACCAUCAUUAUCAGUGGCAGCAACACCACCACCACCACCUCCAUCAUCAAUCACUGAUUGUUCUUUGAAUACUAAACAUACAAUUAUGAAUUCAUCAUUUAUAUCAUUGAAUGUCGUCCGGCUUAGUGAUCUUCUUGGUUAA